CUCACUUGAAUUUUCGUGGUGGCUCUGCUCUUUUUAAUGUCUGGUCUUGUUCUAACAGGUUUCAAUCCGGGCACAAAGAUUUUGCCAAAGACUAGUGGCUGAACGACUCAUUUCUGUGUAGUCAUUGAGUAAUUACUUUGAAUACUCUGCCACUACCCACCCAGCUCCAAGCUUUUGAGCUGUUGAGGAUGAAAGGUUCCUCCCCCCAUUUCAUUUUCUUGAAGGUGACAUUGAAUCUUUUUCCCCCUUAAGGGGACAACAUAUAUAUAAAUACGUUCCCAGCAAGUCCGGACCGGAAGGCUGCCGGGGUUCAUGAACUCUGCCAAUACCACACUCUCGUACUUUCCAUUGCCAUAUUCUAUGUACCUCAGGCUCAGCAGUUCAUCUCGGUGCAAUCAGAUUUGAAGGGGCGGAAGUAUCAAUGAAAGCAGUUAGAGACAAAUGAAAAGGGUGAAAAGGUAAUAAUCUUUCAAAGUCAUUGGUUGAUAUUCACCAUUAUUGAGGCCAAAGGAUGGAAAAAGUGGGGGAAAAAAGUGUCCCACUUUUUCCAUCUUUUCUCAGUCACUUUCCAAAAGGACUUAAUACAAUUUGUACGAAGGUCAGUAGUUUUGCCCCUCCCUAGAAGCCAAAGAAGCUGCGUAGCAACUUCGGGCCUCUUUAGUCUUCCAAUCAGCGCAACUUCUGCGCAAGACUCGAAGUUCCCCUUUGUAACUCUGUUUACAAAUUGCAUAGCAAUGUGAAAAUCCGAGGGUAAAUUUCUGACCAAACUAUUCUUUUCGCUAGUAUAUAUAAUAUACAUAUUAUGGAGUAAUACCUUUACUCGAGUUAACCCUCCUGAACAAAGCAGUUUUCCAAUGGAAAUUGCUAGUAUUUCCAAGCCUAUUAAAUGGUUCUCCAACAAGAGUUUAAGGUUAAGCUUUCCUCGACUUCGCUCGAAAUCCAAAUCCUCAAGCUCCUUGCCAUCACCAACUGUAAUUCGUCCACCAGUACCUAAUAUCAGUACUAAAGAAGAAGAUCUUCAAGUUGUCUUUCGUCGUUUUGAUUGUGACGGAGAUGGUAAGAUUUCGAGCGAGGAACUCAGUGCUUACUUCGCCUCCAUAGGCGACUACGUAUCAAGACAGGAAGCUCAAAGGGUCAUCAAAGAUUUCGACAACAAUGGCGACAACCGGUUGGAAUUCAAUGACUUCGUCAAGUUGAUGGAAGGAGGCAAUGAGGGCGACGAUGACAUUAAAAGAGCGUUCGAGAUGUACGAGGUUGACAAAGGCUGUGGGUGCAUCACGCCGGUAGGGCUGCAGCAAAUGCUUAACCGUCUAGGGGAUGUGAAAUCGUAUGAAGAGUGCGUUGCCAUGAUUCGAGUGUUUGAUCUUGAUGGCAAUGGAGUGCUUGACUUCCAUGAAUUUCAACAAAUGAUGAGACGUGAACCAUAGAAAAAGGUAGUGUAAGUAGAGUCUAUACAUAUAUGUAUUCUACCAGGCACUAGCAGCUGAACGUCCCUACUUUUUCCCAUUGAAAUUAUGCAUGGAAAAAACCUUGUUAAUUUACUCUCCAUGUUUGUUUCUUUGUGGGUAGUGGGUACAUCAGUGUUUUAAGUACUUUUUAAGCCUUUUGGCAGUAAUACCAUGGUCAAGGUUUUCUUUA